UGAAAAUGAAUCCCUCGGUCUUCGAUUCCAUCAUCAACGAGAGAGAGCUCACUCUCUACUUCCAUGGCUUCGCUCUCAUUCACCUCUCCUCCAAACCAACUCUGGCUCAAAUCCUUCCAGCGAAAGGACCAACCUUUACUGCAAAGAUCCCGCCUUUUUCCAUUUUCACCAUCACUCAAACUCCAUCUCAGAACCCCUAUAAAGUUCUCCGCCCAAGACCAAGAUGAGCUGACCAAGCCCGCUUCUUCUGUUGCUGUAGUCUCGGAGGAAGAGGGUAGUUCAGCUUCUGGUGGUGGAGGAGGAAGCGAUGAAGAGGAAGAUCAGAAGGAGCAGCAGGAGUUGGACUGGAAGAAUGAUGAUGAGUUCAAGAAGUUUAUGGGAAACCCAUCAAUUGAGGCAGCGAUCAAGCUUGAGAAGAAGAGGGCGGACAGGAAGCUCCGAGAGCUCGACCAGGAAGCAGAGAGUAACCCCAUAGUCGGCUUCUUCAAGAAGGCGGCAAGGUAUAGUUUGGCUAGGGAGAAGGAGAGGUUGGAAAAGGCAGAAGAGGCUUUCAAGGCAUUGGAUCUCAAUAAGUUGAGGAAUUGUUUUGGGUAUGAUUCAUUCUUUGCUGUGGAUGCGAGGAGAUUUGGUGAUGGUGGGAUUUUCGUGGGGAAUUUGAGGAAACCCAUUGAAGAAGUCAUGCCCAAAUUGGAAAGGAAGCUUUCAGAGGCAGCUGGGAGGGAAGUGGUCUUGUGGUUUAUGGAAGAGAAGAAAGAUGAUAUAACAAAGCAGGUGUGCAUGGUUCAACCUAAAGAAGAGAUGGAUCUUCAAUUUGAGUAUACAAAGCUAAGCACUCCUUGGGGAUAUGUUAGCGCCAUUGCAUUAUGCGUAACAACUUUUGGAACAAUAGCUUUGGUCAGCGGAUUCUUUCUUAAACCUGGUGCAGGAUUUGAAGACUAUGUAGCUGAUGUGAUACCACUUUUUAGUGGCUUCCUAACAAUAUUAGGGGUUUCUGAGAUUACGACGAGGAUAACAGCUGCUCGCUAUGGCGUAAAUCUCAGCCCGUCUUUUCUUAUUCCGUCGAAUUGGACUGGUUGCCUUGGAGUGAUCAAUAACUAUGAAUCAUUGCUUCCCAACAAGAAAGCACUUUUUGAUAUUCCUGUUGCACGCACAGCCAGUGCUUAUGUGACUUCAUUAGCACUUGCAGUGUCUGCCUUUAUUGUAGAUGGAAGCUUGAAUGGAGGAGACAAUGCACUAUUCAUAAGACCUCAAUUCUUCUUCAACAACCCCCUCCUUUCUUUCAUUCAAGUUGUUAUAGGUCCCUAUGCUGACGAAUUGGGAAAUGUUUUGCCUAAUGCUGUCGAAGGGGUAGGUGUGCCAGUUGAUCCGCUUGCUUUUGCUGGGCUUCUAGGAAUAGUAGUGACCUCUCUCAACUUGCUGCCAUGUGGAAGACUUGAAGGGGGUAGAAUAGCACAGGCUUUGUUUGGAAGAAGCACAGCAACCCUGCUAUCUUUUGCGACGUCGCUGCUACUGGGAAUCGGUGGACUGAGUGGCAGUGUGCUUUGCUUAGCUUGGGGUUUGUUUGCAACCUUCUUUCGCGGCGGUGAAGAAAUUCCGGCCAGGGAUGAGAUCACUCCCCUCGGUGAGAACCGUUAUGCAUGGGGCCUUGUCUUGGCCAUUGUUUGUUUCCUCACACUCUUUCCCAAUGGAGGAGGAACCUUUUCAAGCUCCUUCCUCAAUCCUCCAUUUUUUAGAGGAGAUGGGAACUUCUAAAUGUUGGUUUCAAAUGUAAAUGAAUAUUGUAAUGCAGUUUCAAUCCUUCAGAGCUUGAUUCAAAAGUGUGGUUUGUUCGAUCUUAGAGCUUCCAUUCAAAAGCAUCUUUGAAACAUUAAAUUUAUUUGUAUUCAUUUUGGAAAGCUUGGAAUAGUAAAGAAACUUUAUA